AUAAGUAAGAGAUUUCAUCCAAACCUCAGAGGGGAUCUAUCUCCUUCAAUCUGUCUUCUGUUUCUUUACAUUUAUUUUCCCUUUCCCCCCAAAAUGAGUCAGUUUAAGCAGUUGAAAUCGGGUGGUGGCUUUAGCUCCUUUUCCGUUUCAAGAGGAGGCAGUGGUAGGGCUAGUUCAAGUUCUGGUGGAGCUGGUGGUUUUGGUAGCAGAAGUCUUUACAAUUUAGGGACUAGGAAGACCGUCACUAUCAGCACUGGAAACGCUGUAUACGGAUCUGGAGGUGGAGGUGGAGGUGGAGGCGCAGGUUUUGGAUUAGGAUUUGGUAGUGGCGGUGGCGGUGGUGGAGGUGGUGGUUUUGGAGGUGGUGGCUUUGGUGGUGGAGGAGCAGGUGGAUUUGGAUCAUUUGGAGGUGCAGGUUUUGGUGGAGGCCAAUCAGCUGGCAUCCAAGAAGUUCAAGUUAAUGUUGGUCUUUUGACCCCACUGAAUUUGGAAUUUGACAAAAGCAUACAACAAGUACGAGUGGAGGAAAGAGAACAAAUCAAAACCCUUAAUAACAAGUUUGCUUCUUUCAUUGACAAGGUUCGUUUCCUUGAGCAACAAAACAAGGUACUGGAGACAAAAUGGAAUCUCUUGCAAGAACAAGGUGGCCAAUUGAAAGGUUCAGGUUCUCGGAAAAACAAUAUUGAAACCAUUUUUGAAGCAUACAUAGCCAACUUAAAGAGGCAGCUGGAUGCUUUGCAAAAUGAUAAAUUCAGACUUGAUGGAGAACUAAGAAGCAUGCAAGACUUGGUUGAUGAUUUCAAGAACAAAUAUGAAGAUGAAAUUAAUAAGAGGACAUCAGCUGAAAAUGAAUUUGUUGUGAUUAAAAAGGAUGUGGAUGCAGCCUACAUAGGAAAGGUGGAGCUGGAGGCUAAGGUUGAUGCCUUAACCGAUGAACUCAACUUCUUGAAGACUCUCUAUGGAGCGGAAAUGGAACAGUUGCAGGCUCAAAUCUCAGAUACAUCAGUCAUCCUUUCAAUGGACAAUAACCGCGCUUUGGACCUGGAUGGCAUUAUUGCUGAGGUGAAGGCUCAGUAUGAAGACAUUGCUAAGAAGAGCCGAACAGAAGCUGAAGCUGUUUACCAGGGCAAGGUUAAAGAAUUACAAGCAUCUGCCGGUGAACAAGGAGAUGUUUUGCGUAAUACCAAGAAUGAGAUAUCUGAUCUUAACCGCAAGAUGCAGAGACUGAGAGCUGAGAUUGAAAAUGUGAAGAAGCAGAUUGCCAAAUUGCAGACAGCCAUUGCUGAAGCCGAGGAUCGUGGCGAUCUUGUCAUUAAGGAUGCCCAUACCAAACUCGCUGAGUUGGAGGCAGCUCUGCAGAAUGCCAAGCAGGAAAUGGCUCGCCAACUGCGAGAAUACCAGGAGCUCAUGAAUGUGAAACUGGCUCUGGAUGUUGAAAUUGCCACCUACAGGAAACUGCUGGAAGGAGAGGAGGGCAGAUUGGGAGCAGACAACAAUUUCAGCAUUUCUGUGGUCAGUGGAAAGGUGUCCGGUGGAGGAGGAGGUGGAGGAGGAGGAGGAGGAGCUGGAUUUGGCUUUGGAGGUGGAUACGGCAGUGGAGGAGGUGGAGGAAGUGGUGGCUCUUUCUACUCUGGAGGAGGAGGAGGAGGUGGUGGUGGAUUUGGCUCUGCAAGUUCCUCAGGAUAUUCCGGAUUUGGUGGUGGUGGUGGUGGCAGCAGCAGCGUGAGGUUCUCAUCAAGCCAAUCAAGCUAUAGAAGUUAAAUACCAAAACCUUAGAAAUGUCAGCACCUACAAAAUCAAGAAGUGUAGGGCUUCCUUCAAAGAUAAUAAGCUUUAAAAUCACUACAUUGCUGAUCCUAUCCUCUAAAGUACAACAGGGUGUAUUAUGAAGUUUCCAUGUAACUUGUUACAUCUUUCAUAGCUGUAAACAUGAGUUUCUACAAUUGCUGGAACAGCCAACAUUGUUACUUAACACUAAAGAAAGUAAAUGGCUUGAAAUUUAUCAAACACGUGGUUUUAUUGUAUGCCUGAUCUAAUUGAAAUGUUUCUUUUACCCCCUUUUGCAAAUGAAUAAAAACAAGAUCCUUAAAAAAGAAUGGCGUAUUUUGGGAUCAUUAUGUAGAAAUGCAUAGGUAUAACCAAACCCUGGUUUUAGGUAAAAUAAAAGUCCAGUUUUUCCUAUACCUAUUUCCUGUUCCUUCUUGCUUUAAUUGAAACAGAAUCUUGUAAUGCACUGAACAAUCAUAGUCUAUUUCUGACAUUGUUGGGGUAGGUUAAAAUGAUAAUUACUGUGAUUUAUAGCCACAUCUCAUGCUCCUGCUACUGGGACAGCCAGGCCAUAAGUUGUAUGUAAGCAUUGCUAGUUAUGGUCUAAAUGUAAACUAAGCCCAUAAUACAAUCAGCGCUGGCAUAGGUGUGGAUAUACAUUACAUCUGAAGAAUGCUGCCUUAGCAAUAUUUUCUGCAUGACAAUGGGUGUAUGACAUGAUACUGGCUGCAUAAAUUGGCUGUGUGGGUUUAACUUGUGUCAUUUCUGUACCUUAUGCGCUAUACCUUUUUCAUGAAAAGCCUCACUUCUGUCAAAUAAAUGUCAAUGGUA